GAAGCAGCGAUAUCUCCGUGCGAGAGUAAUCCUUCUUCGGCAGUGUUGCUUUGAUUAAACGGUGCAUUUCUGGAGUUUAUUCCCAGCUCUAACCCGUUUUUAUAACUGAAAGGCAGGUGUUGGUGACAGCAUGGCUCCACUCCUGUUGAACCACCUCGUCAGCUCCCUAACCCGCCAUCUGACCCGGAUCACCCUCAGCCAAUCCUACCCUAUCACCACCACUAUCAUCUCCCGAUGCCUUUCCUCCCUUACAUCCUACCCAGUCAGAGUGCUCCUGAUGCCAAGUAGACCCAUCCAGCCCUUGGCCUUCUCCCCUGGAUCUUCUUCCCAGGGCCGGGUCGCCCUCCAGGGCCAGUGUCAGCACCUGGCCUGCCUCCAGCCCGCUGUAGGGAUGAAAACCAAGAGUGCUCUGAAACGCCGCUGUAAAGACUGCUUCUUUGUGGUGCGGCGAGGAUGUCUGUUUGUGUUCUGUAAGGCUCAUCCCAGACACAAGCAAAGGCAGGGAUGAGGUGGUGAAGAGGAGCAGGGGUUAUGAUAAUGAUUUGUGUAUGGCCCUGUGAAUUGUUUGUUACUUGUAUUGUAUUGCCACAUUAAAGUGUUUGACUGAU